AUGGAAGCACCCAAGCGAGCAACAAAGUUCGCAGCAAACGAUAGCUGGGGUGCCUUCUAUCGUAAGAUCUUCGGUAUGGAAAAGGCUAACCAGCCACUGGCUAUUCUUACCGGAGCCACUGCUGGAGCCACAGAGUCCUUUGUCGUCGUCCCCUUUGAGCUCGUCAAGAUCCGUCUGCAGGACAAGGAGUCCGCCGGCAAGUAUAACGGUAUGAUUGAUGUCGUUCGCAAGAUCGUCAAGCACGAAGGCCCUCUGGCGUUGUACAAUGGCCUUGAGGCUACCCUUUGGCGCCAUAUCCUUUGGAACGCGGGUUACUUUGGCAGUAUCUUCCAGAUCAGGGCCCAGCUACCUGCAGUUGAAAAGGGCAACCAGAGCCAGCAGAUGAGAAACGAUAUCAUUGCCGGAACUGUUGGAGGAACGCUCGGAACAGUCAUCAACACCCCCAUGGACGUGGUUAAGUCGCGAAUUCAAAACAGCCCCAAGAUCGCCGGCUCUGUACCCAAGUAUAACUGGGCGUGGCCUGCGUUGGGAACCGUGAUGAGAGAAGAAGGUUUCGGAGCUCUGUAUAAGGGAUUCCUGCCCAAGGUGCUUCGACUGGGCCCCGGAGGCGGUAUCUUGCUCGUUGUGUUUACUGCCGUGACGGAUUUCUUCCGCACCUUGAGAAAGGAGUGA